AUGUCGCUAGUGCUAUCGGCCCUUGGCAGCUCAGGCACUGAGAAUCGUCUGCAGAGAAGCGGGAGCCGUCAUAGAGGCCUCAGCUAUAAGUCAGAUAGGCUGAAAGUCUCUCUUGUCCUGUCGGUACCUAAAACUGGUCCGAGUGCAGAAGAAACAUUAAAGGAAGACAUACGGUUCAUAGACCGGCUAAAGCACCCUCAUAUCUCUAGGAUCACGGCAGCAGUAAAGGAUAAAUCGGAUUAUUACGAAGUAUGUCUUUCAACCCACAUCGAGGGGCAAACCCUCAGAGACCUUAUAGAUUGCAAGGCUGCAGAUUCGGCUGUGAUUGCAGAAGAUAAGGUUUGGGCCAUCUUGGCCCAACUCCUGGAUGCAGCAGCUGCCUGUCAACGUCUUUACCGGUCACAUCUGAAUAUCGCACCGUCGAACAUUUAUAUCUCUGACCUGUACUACGUUAAACUGGGGCGUCCGCUAUUGACCAGUGAGCGGAAAGAGACGACGACCUGGUCAAGCGACACCACCCCAUACAAGAGUCUAGAGGUCAUCAGUGGCACAUCCUUCUCCCCAGCCUCUGACGUGUGGUCCAUUGGAUGUAUUGUCUAUGAACUCUGUACUUUAACACCCCUAUUCACAGCCCGAUCUGUCAACGAUAUGCUUCAAGAUCUUCAAGAGAUUUCUCGCCUGGAGUUCAUCCCGGGAUACUCCGCAGAUCUCUUUUUGCUGCUUACGCAAAUGCUCGCAGUAGACGAAGCAGCUCGCAUCUCUGCUUCUGACGCUCUACGACAUCCACGAAUCCGGCAUUCUGUCGGGCAAUUCAGAUACAACAUCGAAACAGAGUUAUCAGAGCUUACCUUUGAGGACCUCCCAGAGCUCUUCACUGAGAAGAGAGUGCAAAAGCUAGGAGGCAGUCAAACGCGGAGACAGGGAGGAAGUGUGUUGCAGACCUGUGAACCCUCUACUCGGAGGGAUUCGCCUUCGUGUAAGAGCCGGGUUAACGCAAGCGCCACCGCUGUGAAGGGCGCCAUACGAAAUCUAGCCAUCUCCAGACUAUCUAUGAGCCUUCAGGAGUGCGUCAAGAUGGCGGAGAACAAAAACACUGGGCCGUCCAGAUCAGCUGUCAUGGAGGACCGGGCUGCCAGGGCGAUUAAACAUGAAGAGUUUGAUGGCCCGGUAUCAUCACCAGAUUUGGCCAUGUCUCCCGGGGAGUCUGCCAUCAUCAACUCUCUAGAGAUUCUUCUGCGGCCUUGCGAUCACGUGAUGACGACCACGGAGUAUGCUCGCUUGCUAGACUUGAGGCGCUGCCCUAGUUGUGGGGGCAAGGUUAAGAGCAUAGAGUUUAUAAACGAGCUCACGUCCAUAAGGAUAUGA